CUCGUACGGAGAACGGCGAUCUCGAACGCACUCCAGGACGGAAUUCUGCCGCUAGAUAAGGCGUUCGCACUCGUAAUCAGUCAAAUCGUGUAUCUCUCAGAUAGUGCACAGCGCUGUGCGCUAUUUAAGAGAUCUGUAUUUUAAUCAGAUUGUAAUCAGUCUAACUUUUAUUCGGCGUUUAGGAUCGGGCUCAAGAAACACACGCAUGCGCACAAGCGAUCUUACGUGGCAUCCUGUUUUCAUUUUAUCCGACGUGUUUGUAACUAGGCUUUAAUUUUCAAAUUACGUGUUCUUUGUAUUUAACAUGAAGUAUUCACACGUAUUCGUUACAUUAAUUUUGAUAUUUAGUUUUAAAACUAUUGAAUGUUAUUUUUUAAACAUCGAUGCACACGCUGAGGAAUGUUUCUUCGACAAAGUGACAUCUGGGACAAAAAUGAGUUUAAUGUUCGAAGUUGCCGAAGGUGGCUUCCUCGAUAUAGACGUUAAGAUAUAUGGACCGGAUGGGAAAGUUAUCCAUCAGGGAGAUAGAGAAUCCAAUGGGAAAUACACAUUUGCAGCCCACAUGGAUGGUGUUUACAGAUACUGUUUCAAUAACAAAAUGUCCACUGUGACACCAAAGAUCCUCAUGUUCACUAUGGACAUUGGAGAGAAGCCUAAAGAGGCAGAUAACAUGGAAAGUGAUGCUAGUCACAACAAGUUGACAGAUAUGAUUAAUGAACUGUCUACAGCACUCACUGGAGUUAAACACGAACAGGAAUACAUGGAAGUCAGAGAGAGAAUUCACAGAGCAAUUAAUGAAAACACAAACUCUCGAGUUGUGUUGUGGUCAUUCUUUGAAGCCUUGGUGUUGGUUGCCAUGACCUUGGGACAAGUCUACUAUUUAAAGAGAUUCUUUGAAGUCCGAAGAGUAGUUUAAUCACUAAGAACUGUAGAAAAUUCUUCAAUUUAACUCAAGUGUCCUUUUAAGAAAAAUAAAUUUAUGUGAUCGAGAAAUUGAAUUUUUAAAGAAAAGUUUCUUUGCAUUUUAUAGAAAUAAAUUGUUCUUGGAUUUGGAAAUAUAUAAAACAAAAUGGAAAAAGCUAUGACUUUAAUGCACAAUGUUUCAAAGUGAGCAAAUAUUUACCAGGUACUUGAACUUAUUGCUAGCAGCAGUAUGCAUCUGUGCAAAUUAUGUAACUGAUUUAUUUGGUGUGAAAGAGUGUGGCCUAAUGUUUGAAUGUGUGGGAAAAUAUCAAAUAUUUGUUACCAUGUGGUUCACAACAGUUGAAUGGAACUUAAAAUCUGGAAAUAUUGUAUUGAUUGUGGGCAGAAGUAUCAUCAUAAAACAAUUUAUUAAAAAAUAAAUGUUGAAAGAUUUCAGAGUAAGACAUUAAGGAUUGUUUUAAAUCCAGUUAUAAGUAUAUUGAGAUUUGAGUGGGGUAUAUAUAAUUUUGUUAUGAGUGGACAUUCCUGUGUGGUUUUUGUUAAAUGCAAUAUAUUAUGUAUAUGUCAUGCUUGUGUGAAAUUUACAUUUUAAAUACAUGUAUAUAUGUGAUCAUGUGCAUUGUCCCCAAAUUCAUAUUUAAAUCUAUAGCAUUUUUUUCCAUGAAAGGUGAUAGAGUCUUUGUUUAAAAUUAUAUAUGAAAUUUUUUCAUUUUGCAUUUUAUGGUGAACAGAAAGUCCCUUGAUAUGUUAUAGAAACAAGCCAAGAUUAAGAGCAUGAGAUAGUUCAUUAGACAGUCUUUGCAGAAAUGCAUAUCAAUUUAUUAUGGUAUUUAAGGUUGUUUUGAACUGCUUUCAGAUAUGUAUUUAAAGGACUACUUGUACAAUGGAAUGUUUACUAAUUGUAAAUCAUAAAUAGAGGAAUACACAUGGUAAUGACAAAAACUUUGCUUUAGAAACCGAUCAAACAAAUCUUCUGUUGUUUCUUUUGUUGCACUUUUAUGUAUCAGUAAAUAUGUCAGAAAAAAGAAA